UAGGCCCUCCCUUUCGAAAAAGGCCAAGCCACGGGCAUCGAAAACAAUGGAGCCAAACCAAAAGAUAGAGAGAGAAACAGAGCGUGGUUUUAGAGAGAGAAAGUAGAGUAAGAGAGAGUGAGGGUUUUAGAGAGAGAAAAAAGCAGGGCGGAUGGGUCAGAUCGUGAGGAGGAAGAAGAAGGGGAGGCCAUCCAAGGCAGAUCUGGCUCGCCGGUCCGGCGAGUUGCCGGCGAAGUCGGUGAAGAAAGACACGGACGUGCGGAGGAGCCUCCGGCGCCGAAAUGUGAAGUACAACAUCGACUACGACGACUACUUGGACGAGGAAUACGAGGACGAGGAGGAAGAAGAGGAGGAGAGGAGGAGAGAGAAGAAGGUGAAGCUGGUGGUCAAGCUCGACGAGGGCAGAGAUGGCUCGGCGCGUGACUCCCACGCGCAUGAGACUGGCGAAGAAGAGGAGGAGGAAGAAGAGGAGGAGGAGGAGGAGGAUGGUGAGAGUGAGAGGAAGCCGUUGAAGAAGCGCCGGAUUAACGGUGGCGAUGAUUCCGAUAAAGAUGAUGAUGAAAAUGAUGAUGAUGAUGAUGAUUGUGAGGAACGGGGUCGAAAAGCUGACUCUAAGCGCCAAGGUCUCCUUCCAGAAACGCCGUCUGAUCCUCAGCCUGGGAUUCCAUUGCCUGAUAAGAAAACGUUGGAGUUGAUCCUUGACAAGCUUCAAAAGAAAGACACUUAUGGCGUGUAUGCAGAACCAGUUGAUCCUGAGGAGCUUCCCGACUAUCAUGAUGUCAUCAAGCAUCCCAUGGACUUUGCCACGGUGAGAAAGCAGUUGGAAAAUGGAUCAUAUUCUACAUUGGAACAAUUUGAGGGUGAUGUCUUUUUAAUAUGUUCAAAUGCAAUGCAAUACAAUUCAUCCGAUACAAUAUACUAUAAACAGGCAUGUUCUAUACAAGAGCUGGCAAGGAAAAAAUUUGAGAGGUUAAGGAUUGAUUAUGAACGCUCAGAAAAGGAGCUCAAAUUAGUUCAGAAAACAAAUUCCAAUUCCUUGGUCAAGAAACAAACAAAGAAGCCUCUGUGCCGAACACUACAGGAACCUAUUGGCUCUGAUUUCUCCUCAGGUGCAACUCUUGCGACUGCUGGAGAUGUCCAGAACAGUUCCCGUCCAACACAAGGCAGUGGUUGUGAGAGACCUAGCAACAUUGAUGGACCAGUAGAGGGUAAUUCCUCCUUGAAUGAAGCUAAUAUGGAUAAGGCAGAAGAUAUGUCAUCAGGGAAGGGUCACCUAUCUAAAGUUGGGAGGAAGCCAUCUGUGGUUGAUGAGAACCGUCGUGCAACCUAUAACAUAUCUACUCAGCCAGUGAUCAGAUCAGAAUCAAUAUUUACUACUUUUGACGGUGAAAUCAAGCAGUUUGUUGCAGUUGGGCUUCAUGCAGAAUAUUCAUAUGCUAGGAGCCUUGCUCGUUUUUCUGGAAGUCUUGGACCUGUUGCUUGGAAAGUUGCGUCAAAGAGGAUUGAACAGGCACUAUCUGAUGGGUGUAAAUUUGGCCGUGGUUGGGUUGGAGAAUAUGAGCCGCUUCCAACCCCAGUACUUAUGAUCGAAAAUUGUACCCAAAAUCAAUCUGUUUUGGCUUCAAAGUUUUAUUCACACCCGAACUUAAGAAAGGAUGACAGAACUCUUAGGACUUCAGUUUCUGCUAAGGUGCACCCUGUUAUUGGGCCUGUUACAGAAGAGAGACAGCACUCUGUUAUUGUGCCUACUUCAGGAGGGAGACCAUCUUUUUUUGGUUCUGCUAGGGGGCAUUACACAGAAGGGAAACCAUCUGUGAUUGGUCCUGUUGGAGCAAAACCUGGUACUGCAGUUAAUGCUGUUCAUCCACAGAAGAAUCCGCAAUCCCGGUUUAUAGAGCCUGAGAACAAGGUUCAAAGGGAAGUUGAGUUGAACUCUGUACCUUCAGUCAACCAAAAUAAUGCCAAUCUUGUUGCAGAAAAGCAAUUAUCAAGAAAUUUGGAGACGACAUCUUCCAGGUCCAGAGAUACUGUAUCAAGGAGCAUGAAUCUUCCACAACCUGUACCUUUUAAGAUGCCGGAUUCUAAUGGUAUUGUUACCCGAGGGUUGCCUAAUGGGAAAGCUGCGAGUGCUUCUCUGGACAAUAGGAUGAUCAGUCCAUCUGAUAGUGCUCCUAGUCAAAGUGAAAGAACAUCGGCUUUCUUUCCUCAUGGACAGGAGCAGGGUCUUAGUGACCCAGUGCAGUUGAUGAAAAAAUUGGCCGAAAAGACUCACAAACAACAGAAAUCAUCAAAUCAAUCAUCAGUUGAUACUCAACCCGUUGUACCAUCAGUUCCAUCAGUAAGAAGAGAUGAUUCAAACAAUGCUGCAGCAGCUGCUGCCCGGGCUUGGAUGUCUAUAGGGGCUGGAGCAUUUAAACAACCCACCGAGAAUCUCACUAAAACCAAAAGUCAGAUAUCUGCAGAUUCCUUAUACAACCCAGCCCGGGAGUUUCAAUCACAACUUUCGCGAGUUCGGGGGGAGUUUCCCAUGCAAUUUCAGACUCAGAACAAUUUUUCAUUUCCAACUUUUUUACCACAACCUGUCCGUAUCGGGAAUGAGCCACAGUUCCAAAGCAGACCUACAGUUUUUCCUCAGUUGGCAGCAGCUGACUUGUCUAGAUUUCAGGUGCAGUCACCUCGGCGGGGUCUCAGUCCGCAUGCCCAGCCAAGACCAAGACAGAAACAGGAAAGUCUUCCUCCAGACUUGAAUAUUGGUUUUCAGUCCCCAGGGUCUCCGGUGAAACAGUCCUCGGGUCUUCUGGUUGACUCUCAGCAGCCAGACCUGGCUUUGCAACUCUGAGCUUGGAUGGGGUAUUCAGCGGAAUUAAACAAAUAGUGUACAGAGCUGAGAUGCUGCUCCUGUCUCCGGAAUUCACCUUUAUCUCCUGUGCCAUAGUUGCAUCAAGUGUGAGAAUGUCUUUGAUCUUGUUAUGACAGAAUGAUUUUGGUGGUGGUAGUUAUCCAUUUUUGACUUGGACUGGGAAUUGCCCAAAUGAAGAUGAAGGAUUAUCUUUGGUCAGAUCAGCUUGCUCGACUAGAUAUGAUCCGCUCAGAGCUUAAGAUAUGAUCACUUUAACAGAACUCCAAGUUCUGGAUGUCCCAGAUAAGUAUUAGGGACUCGCAGUAGCACUUUUUGUGUAAUAUUGUCGAGCUAAAUCCGGCAGAAGGAUGAUUCAUUUGAUGAUUACAUCAAAUUGCUUUGGAGUUCUUAAAACGAUAUAAAUGCAUCACUCUAGUUGAGGCCUUGUACAUUGUUACAGGUUGAUGAGAAUUAGUUGUCUAGAUUUUACUCAUAUUUUAUGUAAUUGCCCUGAAAAUUCCACUUUAUACCGCUCUACUUGUUAUAAUGUACAUGUGGACUGUUGUCUCUCAAA